AUGCCACCCCCGCUGCCUCCGCUGCUGCUGCUGGGGCUGGCGCUGGGGCUGGGGGGGCGAGCUGGGGGGGGGGGCUGCCAGCUGCCGGCCGAGUGGCGACCCCUGAGCGAGGGCUGCCGAGCCGAGCUGGCGGCGAUCAUCGUCUACGCUCGGGUGCUGGCUCUCCAUCCCGAUCCCUACGGGGCUUACAACUACCUGCCCUGGCAAAGGGACCCCCCCGCCUCACCCGGUUCCCAGCAGGGCCCGGGGGGGCUUUUUUAUUCGGCCGAAAUCGAGCUGCUGUGCGACCAGGCGUGGGGCAGCAUGCUGGAGGUGCCCGCUGGCUCCCGGCUCAACCUCACCGGCCUCGGAUACUUCUCCUGCCACUCGCACACCGUCCUGCAGGGCUACUCCUACUUCUUCUUCCUCCGCAUGGAUGAGAAUUACAUCCUCCUGCCGCACGGCGUGAACUUCCAGGAGGCGAUUUUCCCGGACACGCAGGAGAACCGGAGGAUGUUUGCCAGCCUUUUCCAGUUCUCCAACUGCUCGCAGGCGCAGCAUGCCCUGAGCUUCUCCAGUGACUGGGAGAUUCAAGAGGACAACCGGCUCAUGUGCUCCUCUGUGCAGAAAGCCCUGUUUGAGGAGGAGGACAGAGUGAAGAAGCUGCAGCAGAAAGUGGCGACGCUGGAGAAGCGCAACAAACAGCUACGAGAUCGGGUGAAAAAAGUCAAGAGGUCUCUCCGGCAAGCUAGGAAAAACACCAGGCACAUGGAGCAGAUGAACCGAAAGCUCAGUGAGAAACUUUCCUCUGCAGGUGGUCAAAUCCCCUAUAUUAACUCUUUAAAGCAGGAGAACUCGCACGCUACCUACCUUAAAGUAUAAUGCAAGGGUAAGUGCUCAGGCCAAUGAUAAUGACAAAUUUUGCCUGCAUUAGAUCAGGAUCUGGCCCUCACACCUUGUCUACACUGUGCUUCAAACCUUGCAUGGAAAAUGAAUCUGAACUUUCUCUAGACAUGGUGCUAGGAAUUAAUCAGAAAUGCAAAUUGGAUUAAUCUAGGUGUUGGAGGAACUGCCCAAACCCAAGUCCAUGGUGUCCUGGGUGGACGUAGGGCCAGACUGUAAUCUAAAGCACACGGUACUUCUUGGUCCUCAUCCCCCUGCCUCUGUCACCAGUUUUAGGUUGCCUGUGGUGGGAUGGGUGUGAUGAAAGUGCCUGUUCUGCCCCAUGGACCAUUGCAGGCACAGGAGCUCUGUUAGGAAGGAUCUGAUGCCCUCUUACCUGCUUCACAUGGUCUAGGCCAGGAAGGCCGAGUGCAUGUAUGGAGAUGGAUGCUGUAGGAAGGAUGCAGGCAUAAAUGCUCUUUGCUCCAUCACGACCCCAAGCUUUCAUCUUCCCUUAAGCUUGACUAAAGUCUAUAUUUCCUUGUCUGAGCAAAGGCUAUGUCCAGGAGGCAUAUUCAGUUUGGGCCCCUAUUCAAAAUGAAAUGCAGAUGUGCUCAAAUUUGUCUUAAGAGUUUCUAAAUAUCCCUAAAUAUUCUAAACUAAAUACCUAAUAUUUUUCAUUUUACCAGGAAGUGCCUUAAGAGUCACAGUAACUCCCUCAGGUGCCUUCUAUGUUGCCCACCCAACAGGGUUGGAACCCACCUCAUUUUGGGUCUGUGCCUAAGGCCUAAUCCAGCUCCUGCAGUCAGGAGUGGACUUAGCCUGACUAUUACAGGCCCAGCAGACAAUUUCAGAUCCUGUUUUCAAGCAGGUUUCAUUUACAGUGUGGACAAGGCUUCAAGUUUUGUAAUCACUGUUUGAGGUAUAAUGGAGGUUGCUGGGCAGCCUCAUUUAGUUAGGUUUAGGUACUGUAGAGAUCACAUCAAAAUCAACAGGGCAUUGAAAAUUAAGGUAGUUUAUAUAUGUAUAUAUUUUAAAAUCCUAUAGAAAAUAUUUUUAUUACACAUUCGAUGUAGUCUAAUUUCUUAAAAUAUGAAGUAAAUCUGAUUUCUUUGAUAUCUCAUAAAAAAAAUCAUCGUGGUCUUUAUUAGACAUUUACAAACUGACUUCUGCUCAAGCAGCAUAGGUUAAGGCAUCAGUAUCCAUGGCUGACACAUUUUUCAGCUGUGUUAAUGUGCCAGAGCAUGUCUUUGGUCUUGGUAGUCAAAAAGUCUUUGUUCAUAACAGGGCACUG